CCCUCCAUCUCACAGAUGCUGCUGCUGCUGCUGCUGCUUCUACCCCUGCUGUGGACAGAUGAGUGGGCCGAGGGGAGGGGGCGAGGUGGGCGGGGGGCUGCUGCUGACCCUCCAUUCUCCACAGGGUCCCUGGCUCAGGGCUUGGACUUCCAGCUGCAGGUGCAGGAGACGGUGAAGGUGCAGGAGGGCCUGUGCGUCUCCGUGCCCUGCCACUUCUCCCACUCCAAAAUGUUCUGGACUGAGUCUUUCCCAGCUUUUGGCUACUGGUUCCAGGAAGGGGCCAGUGUAUACCAGCAUGCUCCGGUGGCCACAAACAACCCAGGUCGUAAAGUGCAGGAGGAGACCCAGGGCCGAUUCUGCCUCCUCGGGGAUCCUCGGGCCUACGACUGCUCCCUGGACAUCAGAGAUGCACAGAGAAGGGACUCGGGGACAUACUUCUUUAGGGUGGAGAGAGGGUCUUCGGUGAGAUAUAAUUACCUGCAGAAUCAGCUCUCCGUGUUUGUGACGGCUCUGACACAGACACCUGACAUCCACAUCCAGGGGCCCCUAGAAUCUGGCCACCCCAAGAACAUUACCUGUAGCGUGCCAUGGGCCUGUGAGAGGGGGACACCCCCCACCUUCUCCUGGAUCGGAGUCGCCCUUCCCUCCUGGGGCUCCAAGGCUCCCCACUCCCCUGUACUCACCCUCACCCCGAGGCCCCAGGACCACGGCACCAACCUCACCUGUCGAGUGAACUUCCCUGGAGCUGGUGUGAGCACGGAGAAAACCGUCCAGCUCAACGUGUCCUAUGCUCCACAAAACCUGACCGUCGACACCUUCAGGAGAAACAGCACAGGUGGGAGAGGGCCCGGGGCACCACGGACGUCUCAGAGGUAUCUCCUGUUCUUGUCCCCAAAUCUCUGGGGGCACCUGGCCUCUAAUCCUCACCCUACUCAGAGGGGCCCUCAUGGGCGCUGGCUUCCUUUUGACCUAUGGCCUCACCUGGAUCUACUACACCAGGUGAAAAGCCCAGAUUCUGGGACACCUUGGGUGGCUUCACUCUUCUUGUCCUCUCCAAAGCAAGCCCUCCACAGAACUGGCCCCUUAUUUCAGAACUGUGUUUCCCCCAACAGGUUCAAAGGCUCCAAAGAGAGUAAGGCUGCAAGUUGUAACUGAGCCCUCUUCCUCACGGUGGUGCUGCUGACCAGCGGAUGAGGAUCUGUCAAACUACAGAUGCUCACCCCAGAGACUUGGCUCCCGUACAGCUCUGUGGAGCAAGGGGGUCCUGGGGGACUGGACCCUGCCUCCUCUCCAGGGAAUCAGGUCUCUCUACCUCUGACCACUAAGUCUUCCUGCUGGUUCUGCAUCCAUGGUGAGGAGGGCACAGAUGGAUUUUUGUUAUAAUUAAUUUGAAUUAGGCAUACCCUGUGUAAUAUGUUGCUUCUGUGUGUUUAUCUUGGAUAAGCCCAAAAUUCAACCCCACAAUACAGUGCUAUAAAUCUCAAAAUAUAUCAUUUUUUAAAACAAAGAAUUUUAAAGAGAUUUUUUCAAAAUUAGAAAAAUAAACUAUUUCAUAUUUAUCCACA